CGAACGCCGAAGCUGUUCGCCUCAGCAAUCAACGCCGCCCUCAGUCCCGCACACCGUGAGCCCGUGUUUCAUCGGUUCUGCCGGCCUUAGUCCAGAACGCCCCUUAUUUUUCUUCUGUCAAGGUCUCCCAUCCGCAAUCUUCGCCGACAACCCAGCCGCAGCGCCGCAACUCCAACACAUGCAGGCGACUCCAUUCUCUCCAGUGUGAAGGAUUUCAGGCUUAACCAUGAACCCUAGCUCUACCUACCGCCCCAUAGAAGAAGAAGAGGAAGAUGAUGGAUAUGGAGGAGAGGUGUACCUAGACGAAAUUGAUGCCAUACAAGAAAUCUCAGUGGAUGAAGAAGAACUUCCGAAUGCCGAGGAAGGUGGAGAUGGUGAUUAUGACGUCGAAGGAGAAGAAGAUGAAGAUGAUUCGGUGCAUAUUUUCACAGGCCACAGUGGUGAAGUUUACGCUGCCUGCUGCAGCAGCACAGAUCCUACUUUAGUUGCUACAGGGGGUGAAGAUGAGAAAGGGUUUAUGUGGAGAAUUUGUCAAGGAGAUUUUACUUUUGAGUUGCAAGGUCACAAUGAGUCAGUAUCAAGUGUAGCAUUCAGUCUCGAUGGCAUGCUGCUUGCGUCAGGUAGCUUUGAUGGGCUUAUAAAAGUGUGGGAUGUAGCUUCUAGAAAUCUGAAAUGCACACUAGAAGGUACAGACAAAGGAAUUGAGUGGCUAAGAUGGCACCCAAGAGGGCAUUUAAUCUUGGCUGGUUCAGAGGAUGGCAUUGCUUUCUUGUGGAAUGCAGACAAUGGUGCUUGUCUUAAUAUGUUCAGAGGCCAUGGACAAAGUGUUACCUGUGGCGAUUUCACCCCAGAUGGCAGAAAAAUUUGUACUGGCUCAGAUGAUGCAACUUUAAGAGUUUGGAACCCCCGAACUGCUGAAAGCAUUCAUGUUGUGAGAGGCCACCCAUACCACCGAGAGGGGAUUAUAUGCUUGGCAAUCAGCUCAGAUUCAUCACUAGCUCUCACUGGCUCCAAGGAUGGCUCGAUUCACAUUGUGAACAUUACAAACGGGAGGGUUGUCAGCUCUUUGCGUGAUCAUGUUGAUUCAAUUGAAUGUAUUGGACUUUCAGCAAGCAAUCCUUGGGCUGCAACUGGAAGCGCGGACCAAAAGCUCAUUAUUUGGGAUCUACAACAUUCGGUGCCCCGUUGCACGUGUCAUCAUCCGGGAGGAGUGACGUGCUUGUUGUGGUUAGGCACAUCAAAGUAUGUGGCUACAGGCUGCGUUGAUGGCAAAGUACGGAUUUGGGACAGCCUUUCGGGAAGCUGUGUGAAAACUCUAAGUGGACAUUCUGAUGUCAUUCAAUCUGUAGCUUCUUCUUCAGAUGGGGAUUACCUUGUUUCUACUUCGACCGACAAGACUGCCCGUGUCUUUGAGAUUAAAGAAUUCAAGUAAGAGAAAACGCAUAAUUUUNGCUUGUGUCAAUCUUUGUGUAGGGAGGAGUGACGUGCUUGUUGUGGUUAGGCACAUCAAAGUAUGUGGCUACAGGCUGCGUUGAUGGCAAAGUACGGAUUUGGGACAGCCUUUCGGGAAGCUGUGUGAAAACUCUAAGUGGACAUUCUGAUGUCAUUCAAUCUGUAGCUUCUUCUUCAGAUGGGGAUUACCUUGUUUCUACUUCGACCGACAAGACUGCCCGUGUCUUUGAGAUUAAAGAAUUCAAGUAAGAGAAAACGCAUAAUUUUGGUAGUUUUAGCCUCAUCACGUAAAAGACACAUCGUAUUAUCUUGCUUCUCCCCUCUGUUCAUUUCUUUUUCUGAUCUAUACAAAAGAAGAAUAAACCAGCUAUAUGGCCAUGUUUGCUUGGAACCAUUUAUCAGGUAAUUCAUUUUAAUUGUGGGGCUACCUGUUUGGGAUUCACAUCCCAUAAAUUAGUCAUAUUUUUACUUUUGGAAAAGUUUUUGUGGCUCAUUUAUUUAUAUUUUCUCUCCGUCACAUUCAAUCACCCACAAUUUUACGUUUCUUAAGCUUCGUGCUGAACCAAAUGUGGUAUAGUAAUUUGGGAUGCAGGAUGUACUCCGUAACACAACAAUAGACCGAAUAAGAUCUCACAAAGUGG